GCACUUGUGAGCCAACCUAUCAUUGUGUGCGUGCUUGGGCCGAAUGUCAAGCGCCGCUUUCAGGAAUUCCCUAUUGACUUGGCGCGACGAGGUUGUCUCCCCCUGAAAAGGCGAGAAGCCAACGUGAUCUCAAGCGAGUGCGAGUACGUUCGGUUGGCUGUGAUUGCAAAGGUGUGUAGGUAAGCUGCAAUCAACAGUAGCGGGAUCUACCAGGAAAUAUGUGAUUAUACCGGAUUUCUGUUCCACUAUCAGCGAGCGGGUCUAUUCAGGGUGCCCCAACUCGGAUACAUAUCUGUACAGCGGCGCACGAGAUAUUCGCUUGUCAUUCAACAUUUAAUUGAUUUUGUUGCGAAAACCAUCUCGUGCACCCCGUGCUCUCGUGCAGCCGUGAAGGAUGUAAACAGCCCAGGUGUCAAAGUCUUAAAUUUACUCAACCAGCAUGGGAGCGAAGGAGGACCCGCCGGACACAAUUGAAGAAAUCCAAGAAAUGGAGACCCAGCCGUUGCGCAGACGAAGGUCGUCGCGGGAAAAUUCGGAUGAUUACAAAGCAAAACGUGUUCGGAGGCAAAAUGACGGAAAUUGUACCAUGUGCCUCCGCGGAACUCUCCAUUGUUACAAUGUCUGUAUACUGGUGAUUGGGUGUGCGUCGCUUGGCGUGGGGGUGUGGCUCCUUGUCACGGACUUCGGCGCCAGGAAAGUGACCCCGAUCGUGGAUAAUCAGCUGUAUGAAGUGACGACAUACCUCCUCAUCGCAGGGGGUGGGGCUGUGGCCCUCCUCGCCUUCUGUGGGUGCUGCGGCACAAUACGAGAAGAUAAAUGUGUUUUAUCAUUUUAUGGCACGACCUUAGCGAUAGUAUUAAUAAUACUGGGCGUGGCUUCAGGAUUGUCGUUUUUCUUCCGGGGCGCGCUUGCCUCGCACAUAAAAUCUCGUAUGCGUGAUACGUUAACGGAAAAGUACGGCAUAGGUACACGGACUUUACCGGAACAUAAGCGCAUCACGGAGGCAUGGGACUCCAUGCAGCGACAGCUGGGCUGCUGUGGUAUUUCCGGAAACAGCACUUCGACAGAUUCUUGGGCAUUCUAUUCCACCAACACACUGUGGUACAAUGAAAUGCAGAAUGAUCAAGGUAAGAAACUCCAAAAGGUCCCCGACAGCUGCUGUCGCGAGGGGGACAAGGCCAUCUGUACCGGACAAACCUACUUCCCGGGACCCCCCAACCAUCUCAAUCCACAGAAGGAAAGGUUUAAAAAGACCAACCCUCAUCUUUACACCACCGGUUGUUAUGACCAGCUGAUGGUGUAUUUGUUGACGUAUUCCGCCGUUGCUGGCAUAGUGUCUGCAAUCGUUCCGAUCUUUUUGAUCUUUGGCAUCAUAAUAUCAUUCUGUCUGUGUGCAAGAGUUAGUGGUACGUCACCGGACGACGAGGUAGAGUUAUAGGCCUUGGAAGGUACUUUCCGUCCAAUCAGGCAGUGCCUACUUUAUGCAAAUGAGGACACGUGACACUCAGACAUUAACCAUGAUCAAAGAUGGCUGACGUGAUAAUUCGGUUGAAGAAAAAGUUGUCCGGAACUUGUGGAUUACAGCGUUUCUAAGAUGCAGCAUGUGUGAUGGCACACGUGCGGAGUGGUUGUAAGAGAGUAACUUCUUUAAAAGAGGCGGGUCCCUGUAGUGGAGGGACUUUUCAUAUCAGAUUCAUCGAAUGCUAUCUGUAGUCCAUAUGUGGGCAGUUCCACCGACAAACUUGAGCCAGCGAUGAAGGUGUGCCGAUAUUGUGUUUUCAGUGUAUUGUGCGCUGCCGAAAUUACACUUGUUACAAAUGAAUAUUUGAAUAUGCGACAAUGAAAAUGAUGAUCAACGUAUGUGUUUUCCAAUCAAUUCAUCGUAUCCUUCGACAUGACGAUUCAAGGGAUUGCAGUAAGCAGCUUUCCCUUCCACUCAAGUCCACUCUUUCUCACAUUCCCAGUAUGUUGCCUUCAUGGAAAAUGGCCCAUCUCCUCGGCAGCCUGUUAAAGACAUUCCCCCACGUCUCGAGGGGCUUCCACAGCCGGGCCUUGCGCGCAUGCGCAGAAGGCAUUCAUGUAGUAAAAGUGACAGGCCCACAAGAAGUAGUACAUCGUUUUUUGUUAUACAUCGCUUAGUAUCUGGUGAAAGGAUUUUCUUUUGUAUCAUACACAUGAUUUUGUAUUUAAGGUUUUAGCGUUUCUGAAUCGGGCUUUCUUAACGAAAAUAUUUCCAGGAAUGAUUUCAUUGUUCCUGUAUGUGAUAUCCUAGUCUGUUUGGUUUGUUACUGACAUCGUAGAAUUGUCAGUAGAACGGUUAGAACUGGGUGAAGAACUAACAAAGACGGGAGAGGGCAGCAGAGACGUAGCAGACAUCCUUAUAUAUAUAUAUGACUGCCACUUCCUUAACAUUGUAGUGGACGCAUUCCUCGAAUAUGCAUUUAUCAUCCAAAACUGGCUUCCACGGGAGGCAUGGCUUGAGUGAGAUCAACUGAUGUCUCCUUGGGAAUGUAGGUACAAUAUAACACCAUAAUGCUUAGUAGAUCAUGGUGACGUCAUUGGUUGCCAUGACAUCACUCAUAUCUGCCCCUGAAGCUGGUGAGCUUACUGUUAACCUCAAGACACUGGUUAUUACUGUUGCCAAACAGAAAAAGUUGAAAGAAUGACUUUGGAUGAUAAAUAGAAUCUCACCCUCGUGUCAUUUGACAUGAAAUGUGUCAACACUGGUGGGUGCAAGUUUAAGACUACUCGGCCAAAGCCAAAAGACACCCGGGUUGGAUUCUCUCUACAUGUCCUAUCAUAGACAUACUGAUUGGUGAUAAGUAUCUACACUCUGGUGAUUAAUAUAUUACAAAUAAUGAGCUUAGUUUAUCAUUCAUAAUGGCUUGAAGAAGAGCAUCAUUUGUCUUUACACAAUAUGGCAUUGAGCGAUGGCAGUUUACUAUAUCGCUCAGUUUACUAUCUACUUACAGAAUGUCAGAAUUACAUAUUCGUUGCUGUAGCCUUGUGUGUCAUUUGGUCUCUCUCAGAUGGCGUUUCUUGGUAGGUUUCUACUGUAUAGCAUUAUAACACCAUGUGAGACUGUAAAAGUUCAUGUAGAAUGUCAAAAGAUUCAUUCAUUUCCUGUCAUUAAACUCCUUUAUCGUGAUACUACUAUCCCACUAUUUUCCCAAUCAUGUGCUGCAGAUAUAACUCCAUGACAAUUAUUUAACGAAGACUUCUUUUUCUAUUUUCAAAUUGAAAAUCUUCUUUCAAGUGACUUUAAAUAUUAUUCUGUUUUCUAAACUUCAACUUUAAAAAUGAACCCAAAGAACAGUAGAUUAUUUAAUUCAACUUUCUUAGUUGUUUAUUUCUUUUCCAAAUAUACUGUCCUGAUCUACAGUAAAUUAAAAUGUUUACAUAUAUUCUCUUAAUAGGGAGUCUGCUUGGGUUGCCAAGUCGUCGAGGGCACCACAAUUCGAUGUGCAGUUGUGUCCCUUAGGCGUUUUGGAUACCUUUGGCCGUGGGUUCGAAUCCCAGAUUGGCUCUGACUACGUUUCUUGGUUUGUCCGCACCAUACUCAAACUCGUGCGUUUCACCAAAAUGGCUAACGACAAACAACCUCAAGUUGACGAUCCAUGAUAUAACUGAAAUACUUUUCAAAGCUGCGUUAAACCAAUCUCAUUAUUCUUAUUUUAUAUUUGUACAAUUGAUAUUUGUUGAGAUGAAAUGGCUUUCUGUUUUGUAGAAUAUUCCUAAGUUAAACGGUAAACGUGCAAUCAUACUCUCGUGAUAACUGAUUUAAAUAUACAUUAUACUGUUUUAUACCAAAGGCUUUUCUCUAUUUAUUUCUAUAACCAAAUGCUACACUGAGCUCUGGUUGAUUGGUAACUAUUACUGUUGCUUCUUCAUUUAAAGCAAUGCGUUUUCUCCUUGGCUAUGUCCUUAUAUACUCAAGAUUUAUUGUGUCGUAUACGAAAUUGUCAACAUUACACACUACAUUGCAUAUAUUAGGCAGCUUUAAGAAAGUCGUUUUGCUGGCUCAGCUAUGCUAUUGUCUAAACCAUCUACUUACAGCAUUUUUCUAAAUAUGUAUUUCGACGAGCCAUUUUCAAUCAGCUAUCUUGUAUGUCCUUGUAACAGGGUGUAUAAAUUCCAAAAAUACAUCUCUGUUAAUCCAUCUAUAGACAGGUCCAUAGUAUUAACUAAACUGGGUCAGUUUGCAUUGAGGCGCUACUGCUGCCUGCUCCAUAGUGUUCAUCUGUCCUGAUUGUCGUUUAACUCAUUUGUAAUCGGCUUGUCAUAUAAUAUAAUAGAGUUGAAUCAUUUCAUUAUUUGAAAUGUUAUUUAUUUCAGUGAUUAUCUAACGAGAUGGGUAUAACUCCGGAAGCCUUUCCAUAUAGAUGUACCCUCAGACAGCAGUUGUUUGUUUAUAUUCAACAUGUGCACCAUUAAUCAAACUUUGUAAUUUGUGAUAUUUCAAUGACUUAAAGUAGUUGGUACUGUAGAGCUGGUUUGUUAUUCACAUCUUUAUGUUUAGUUAGUGUUUCUUUCAUUUUCCUCAUUGUACGAAUUAAGGGUGUUGAUGAGUAUCUGUUUCAUGUUUCGCCUACCCAUGUUGCUGGCGAGAUUCUGUAAAAAUGUACAGUUCAUGUCUAGUCUAGUCAUUCGUGACGUCAUCGUAGGCCAUGUGCUGCUAUCACCGAGUGCACAUCAUCGCUGUACUUCACAUCGUGUACAAAGUUUCAUGCAGUAGAGUUUUCUUAUAAACACACAUAUGCACAAUUCGGAGAAAAAAUUACAACUCGGUGCAUUUAGGUAAGACUGAAAACAAUAUAGAUAAACGAAGAAUGGGUGGCAAAUGAUGCUUAUAUCCAUGUAAUGGCGAUUGAAAGGCGUAGUGUGAUGCCCAGUGGUCAACUCGAACAAGGGGGAGGGAGGGAAUUGUACGAUAUAUACAAUCUGUUUCCGCUCUUACGUCACUUCAGCGACGCCCCUUCCCUUUGUUUUCAUGUAGUAACUACAACUCAAAACUCUGCACACUACAUCGAUGUAUGGAGCUCGUCGAGGCACACCAUCACGUUGACAGUUUAUUAGACCUCCCGAAGAGAAUAUACCCGAACUACUAAAUCCGCCACCGUUCUUCAGCAUCCAAAUAACGGUGCAUGUGAAGAAAUACCUGCUCAUUCUCAGCAUCACUUUGUUGACUUGGAUGGGUUUCUAUUGAAAUAUUCUUUAAAUUACUUGACCGGGUAACCGAGAGCGCACCAAAAUGCUUAGGCGAAUCGGUCGGUAGAAUCAAACUCCUCACAGUGAUAGCCGGUUCGCGUAGCCCAAUCUAUACCAUGAUACCAGGCGGUUAACGAAGGUGUCACGCGCUGGGAUGGAGCUUGGUGUUGAAUCUACAAAGGGAGGAAACUCUUGGUGACUUAUCUAAGGGAGGCUACUCGUAACCAAAGUGAUAUGCACCGUUUGAGAUGUUGAUAUAGGAAUGUGUUGACAUCGUCAGUAGCUAAGAUAGAUGUUACAAGUCAAGGGACCAAACCGCAUAUAGCUUUGUUUACCGUAACAUAUGAGGCAGUGGUGUUGACAAUAGCUUAUGGUGUGAUCGGAGGGAGCUGUUUGUGAUUCAUUAUACCAUGUUGGAUGAUGACGUUUUGUACAAAUUAAAUUUUCCUGAACUUAUGACAAUUAAGAACUUUAAGAGGAAAUAAAAAAUAUUUUGAUAUUA